UGGCGGCGCUGCGGCCGCCGUAGUGAUGUAGCGCCGUAACGGGGCGGGACCCGAUGGCGGCGUUCGGUCGCUACAAGGCGCAGCGCCUGGAGCGGGCGGACCGCAGCCGGAGCGGAGCGUUGGACGAGCGGGCGGCGGGAGUGGUGCGGCUGCUGAACCGGAACGAGCCGUUCUGCACCACCAGCUCCUGCGCCGGACGCAUCGUGCUGGCACAGGGACGCGCAGUGCGCAGCCAUGGGCUGCCGGGCGCCGUGCCGAGCGAUGGGAUGCUGUAUGAUGGGAUGCCGAGCGGUGGGAUGCCGAGCGAAGGGAUGCCGAGCGAUGGGAUGCUGUAUGAUGGGGUGCCGUGCGCCGUGCCGAAGCGGCAGUGCCGGUGGCUGCUGGUUUCGCACGAGCCGUGCGGACAACGCGACGUGAUGGCAGCGCUGGAAAAAGCCACCGGUGACGUCGUGUUCAAGUUUGAGCCGUUUGUGCUUCACGUGAUGUGUCGGGAGCUGCAGGACGCGCAGCUGCUGCAUUCGGUGGCUAUGGAGUCUGGGUUCAAGAACUCUGGCAUCACCAUUGGCAAAGGAGGAAAAAUUAUGAUGGCUGUCCGGAGCGCUCAUUGCUUGGAAGUUCCAUUGAGCCACAUGGGGAAACUGAUGGUCUCUGAAGAAUAUAUUGAAUUUCUGGUGCAUGUGGCUAAUCAGAAAAUGGAAGAAAAUGCACGGAGGAUUGACAGGUUCUACAAGCACUUGGAGGCAGCCCUGGAAGCAGCAGGUGGUGCAAGCAGCUCGCCCUCCACAGACACAGGGCAGGCUCGUGCUGUCUAUGUCCGCAGAAGGAAAAGGAGGACUGCCCGAGUGCAGGACGUGCUCCCUUCACCAGAGCGUCCUAACAAGGAGUUGGAGCCUGGGGAUGACCCAGAGGGCAGCCUUGAUAUUUUUGCUGGCAUCACGCUAUAGACUCUGCCACUCAGAGGCAAAUGGCAAACUGGACAAUACGUGUGGUGCUCUUUAUAAGAGAUAUAAAUAUUGCUCUGUUCUGAGUAGUAAAACUGCUGGGCAUAACCAGAAGAGAAAAAAAAAAAACAAAAAACAAAACAACCCACGAGAUCAUUAAACAGAAUUGUGAACAGAAGCACAGAGAACAAAACCUCAAUGUUUUAGGCUGUUUUCUUUGUUUUUCACAGCACUGUUGCAUUUACACUCUUACUGUGUAAGUCGGUUAUCAUAAAGCUCACUGUUUUGCUGCA